UAAUUACAGAGAAUAUGGUAGUUGACAAUACAUACUAGCAGUUAACAUAAUAUUAAACUACCCUUGUCAUUUAUUCAAUUCUUUUCUUACUCUUAUAGACAAGACUUUAUUGUAUAUACUGUGCAUGAUUAUCGCAAUUCUAAGUAUUGUAUUUUCAGUUGGAGUGAUGUUGCAUAGGAUAUCACCAUGGAAACUCCAAGUAAAACUUUUCAUUGGAGUCAGUAUUAUUGUCACCUUGGUGACAUACUUGCUCUUAUCUUACUUACAUCAGAAUAUACGAAGUGCAUAUGUCAGAAAAAACAACAAAACAACAAUUCUAAUGAUGUAUUACCCAGAGAAAGAGUUUACACAAGAACAAAUUGUUGACAUGUUCAGAGAAUGCCCAGAUUUAAAAUGUGAGUUUACACAUGAUGAGCGUGCAAUAGCAGACAGUGCAGCUGUAAUCAUUCAUAAUGUUGAAGAACAUUUGUAUUCAAUGCCAAAAAGACAGCCUGGACAACUUUGGUUAUAUUAUGAUCUAGAAAGUCCUGGCUUUAUGAUGGGUAGCGAAACUGCCACGUAUCUAACUAAUCAGAAAAUGUUCAAUGGUACUAUAAACUACUCUCCAUCAAGUCAAGUUUGGCUUCCAUAUGGAAAAUAUAAUGGUACUCAUAUAUGGAUAUACAAUUCGAUAUAUUACAUGUUUUUAGAUAAAAGAAUUGACUUUGCAGCAAGAAAAAACAAACUAUUGUUUUGGGCUGUAAGUAAUUGUUACGCAAAAAGUAAGCGACAGGAUUAUGUGAAAGAGCUAAUCAAGAAUGUUAAAGUGGAUAUCUACGGUGGAUGUGGUCCUCUAAAUUGUCCUAGAUCAAAAGAUUGUGAAAAUACUCUUUUCAAGACAUACAAGUUUUAUCUGGCAUUUGAGAAUUAUGUCUGUCAGGAUUACAUAACAGAGAAGUUGUGGCUUACCCUAGCUACUAGAGAAACCGUACCAAUAGUUAUUGGUGGUGCAAACCAUGAGAAAUAUCUUCCGCCAAAAUCUUACAUUGACAUUCGUGAUUUCGCUACACCAGCUGAUUUAGCUAACUAUUUACAGAAACUAGACAAAAAUGAUGACCUAUAUAAUGAAUACUUUUCAUGGAGAUACAAAAUAUCACCCGUCUUUGAUUUUCAAAAAGCCACACCAAAACAGCCUUUGGAGUAUUAUGUUUGCCAGGUGUGUAGGCUGAUUCAUACACCAAAUCUGAACAGGACUUACGUAGAUUUUGUAGACUUCAAUAAUGACAAGAGAUAUUGUAGAAAUCCAUCUGAAUACUAUAAAGGAUUAUUGCCAGGAUAUUAAUAUAAUGGAAACACACUACUAAUAUAUAAAACUAUGUGUGCAUUUUAGACAAAAGUAGGUCUCUAGGCGAGAGUACUAUAUUCUAGUAUAUCCUAGCCAAAUCAGACAAGCAAUGCGAGAAAUAGGAGCAGUUUCAGAAUCAUGCUCCAGGUGGCUCUGGAAACAAAGACGUUUAUGUAUUAUGAUCAUCACAUGAAAU